UAAUAAGAAACACCGUCGUCAAGGAACUAGUUAGCUUCUCGAGAACCACAAGAUUUCAAACAAAGAUUUUAUAAGAUUUUUGUGUCAUUUGAUGUGAUAUGGUGUGUUUUUUUUCUAUUUAACCCUUGCCUGAAGCCUGCAAAAAUUCCACUUUUAUUGACUAGUUCUAAAGAGUAACUUUUUGGCGCUUGGAAGUGAGGAGGCUCCGUUUUGUUGGCCUAGCUUUCGUUGCAAUGCUGAAAGCUGCUGCUGCUGCCGUUGCCGUGUGAGCAGACUCGCUGUAAUGUCCCUCUAGCACGCUACAUCCUCCACCUCCUAGUGCUGCUCCACCUUAAAUGAGAUCACGAGAACUUGCUGACCUUCGCCCAAGUGCUCCGAUUCCACCACACAUUUGCCUUAUUUGAAUCUUCAUCGGGCAUUGAUUAUUCCCAUGGACGAGCAUUUGCAGGAGACACACAAAAUCCUUCCAUGAGGUUUAAGGAAGCUUGCUCCACGAGGGACCUUCUUAUAGUUUGCACGUCAAGAGCUUUGCGGGCUCUUUAGCUAUAGUGCUUGUACAACAAAGUUUUAUUUCUUUACGAAGUUUCAGUUUUUGUGAUAUUAGGCUAUAUUUCUUAUAGUUACGUUAAACUCGCCUAAACCAGUUAGUCACAAUACUUUUUCAAGUCUAAAAUAUCAUUGAAACUAAAAAUCACAUAGUUGUGUUUAAGAAUUGAAAAACACCACUCCAUCAACUUUCGACUUUUGGUCCUCUAACGGCCAUAAGGAAACGCAAGUAUACCCGAUGCGAGAAUCUAUUGAAACUACACAUACCCUUCAAAAGUAUUCUUCUGAGAGCUGUAAAACGAAGAAGAAAGCUCUGUAAAAGCAUUUAAAGUCGAAUAAUAAUUUUGUGAUAGUAGAAUUCCCCGAGUUCUGUUUUCGUGUCAUCUGUUCUUCUCUUACGUGACUUUCAGCGUUUGAGUUUGUCGUAUUCGAGCUCAAGUAGAAUCUGUUUACAGUACACUGCGACAAUACAUAGUUUGCGAGUGACUCAGCUUCAUGCCUCAUCCAGUCCCAAGUGCUUAGCUGUAACUUUGAUGUGUCUAUCUUGUUAUGUGCCCCGUACCAACCUCAGUGAAUGGUCGAGUUUUGUGUCGAACUGUCGGAGAAGUUCCUGCUCAGUCUAGCUGUCUCUUGCCUCAUUUGACCAAUACCAACAAUAUGUUGUUAAAGAACAAGUCGUGCUUAAUAUGAGAUGACGUCUGCAGUUAAAAGGUAGAAUAGAGGUAAGAGAAAAUAUUUGUUCGUUCUAUCGCUCAUCGAAUUGGCUCAAUCCUGGAACAGCUGCAUAAGAUUAGCAGCCUAGUAGCUUAGUUCACUGUUACCCGAACCAUUUGUGUGAAAACUUUGUGCCAGACUAUAAUUUACUACGGGAAGAUCUCAUUCAUUAAUCAGAAUUAACAGGACCAAUAAUUUUGUGAAGACAACGACUCAUCAUUGUUAAGGAUUCGUAUCUUUAGUACUAGAAUUGUGUGAGUAGGAAAUAUCAUCUUUAUUUAGUCAUAUGACCUCAAGCCUCAAGUUAAAGUUACCAUAAUCUCGGGAGAACAGACGGAUUCAGAAAAAAGACGGAUCAUCUUCAGUAAAUACUUGGCGGCUGUACGCUCGUGACGUCACCGUGUCUAGCCGCAAGUAGAAUAGAUACAGAGGAUCACAGUCGCGCACUUCCUAAGGACUGUCAUCGUUUUUUGGACCAACAAGGUAGCAUCUGGUGUAACCGGCCCCUCUCGGUUGGGUGCGGUGCAUCGCUAUGUGGUGAUAUUGUAUAGAAGAUGAGUGAAGAGUCGGAAUCAGUGAACGAGGAGGAGCGCAGUCUAUUUAGGCCGUUCACGAGAGAAAGUCUAGCGGCUCUCGAAGCGAGAAUCGCCGAGGAGCAUGCCAAGCAGAAGGAGCUACAAAAGAAGAAAGAGGAAGCGGAGGGAGGAGGUAUCAAAUUUGGCCGUAAAAAGAAAGAAAAAGGCAAAAAGGGAAGGGGAACGAGCGCCGGGAGCGGGGGUGGUGGUGGUGGCCAUCAACCAUCCGAAGGGGAUGAGAUCAAUUACAAUGACGAUGACGACGAGGAUGGGCCUCAGGCUGAUCCUAACCUCGAGCAAGGAAUGCCUUUACCGAAUCGCUUGGCAAACCAAUUCCCGAGCGAAAUGGUGGGAGUCCCGUUGGAGGAUAUCGAUCCCUUCUACUACAACAAAAGGAUGUUCACGGUCAUCAGUAAAGGGAAGGAUAUCUUCAGAUUUUCAGCCACAGACGCCCUGUGGCUGCUCAGCCCCUUCAGCCCCCUCAGACGCACCGCCAUCUACAUCCUCAUUAACCCCUUGUUUAAUUUCUUCAUCAUCUGCACCAUCCUCUCCAACUGCAUGCUUAUGAUGAGACCUUCCACGGAAGUCAUCGAAGCCUCCGAAGUGCUCUUCACUGCAAUUUAUACCUUCGAGUCCGGAGUAAAAGUGAUGGCCAGAGGGUUCAUCCUGGAGGGCUUCACGUACCUCAGAGACGCCUGGAACUGGCUCGACUUCGUCGUCAUAGCCCUGGCCUACGUGACGAUGGGUAUCGAUCUCGGCAACCUGUCUGCCCUCAGAACUUUCCGCGUACUAAGAGCCCUCAAAACAGUCGCCAUCGUGCCCGGCCUGAAAACCAUCGUGGGAGCUGUGAUAGAGUCAGUGAAGAACCUGCGAGACGUGAUCAUCCUGACGGUGUUCUCUCUGUCCGUCUUCGCGCUGCUAGGUCUUCAAAUUUACAUGGGCGUCCUCUCGCAAAAGUGCAUUGUAAAGUUUGACUUCUCCAGAGAAAACUGGACGCACGAAGAAUACUUUUUACAUAACAAUAAUUCAUCUCAUUGGAUGUCGUCUGAAGAUGACUCUAGCUUCUACCCAUUAUGUGGCAACAGUAGUGGCGCAGGGCAAUGCCCGCGGGGAUUUUUGUGUCUACAAGGCUACGGACCCAACCCCGACUACGGCUACACAUCCUUCGACAGCUUCUCCUGGGCACUCCUCUCCGCCUUCAGACUCAUGACGCAGGACUACUGGGAGAACUUGUACCAACAAGUGUUGAGAGCGGCAGGGCCAUGGCACAUCGUGUUCUUCCUGUUCAUCAUCUUCCUGGGGUCCUACUACCUGGUCAACCUGAUCCUGGCCAUCGUCGCCAUGUCCUACGACCAGCUCCAGAAGAAGGCGGAGGAGGAGGAAGAGGCAGCAUUAGCAGAAGAAGAGGCCAUCAGAGAGGCCGAGGAGGCGGCAGAGGCGGCCAUGAACCGCGCCACGGCAGGCCACGGCCGCCCUCCCGACGACCUGGGAGGAGACCCUGGCAGCAUCGCCAAAAGCCCCUCCGAGUUCUCGCGCGUCUCCUACGAAAUCUUCGUCAGCCAACGAGACCUCGAUGAAAACAAAGAGAAAAUAUCCCUAAGAAGUGAAGGAGGAGAGUCCAUAAACGAAACCAAAGCCAGAACCAAAGGAAGAAAGGCAAGCCUCAGUUUACCGGGGUCACCCUUCAACCUGCGACGAGGGUCGCGAGGUUCUCACCAAUUCACAUGGAGAACAACGAACGGCCGCCGUUUUGGCGACAAGAAGCCUCUUGUUCUGUCCACUUAUCUUGAUGCUCAAGAACACCUCCCGUACGCUGAUGAUUCAGCUGCUGUCACUCCAAUGUCUGAAGAGAAUGGAGCCAUCAUUGUACCAGUUUAUACGAAUCUUGGCUCUCGACACAAUUCAUACACAUCACACACGUCGCGUAUAUCUUACACCUCACACGGAGACCUCCUCAAUGGGAAGCCACUCACGAAAGAGAGCCAACUGAGGGCCAUUUCUCGCAACACCGCUGCCAACGUACCUGAGGAUGGAUCCAUGGAGCCUGAAGAAGCUCUCGCUCUCAAAUUGAAGAACCCGGAGACGAACCCUUUCAUCGACCCCAUCCAGAAGCAGACGGUCGUCGACAUGAGAGACGUAAUGGUGCUCAACGACAUCAUCGAGCAGGCAGCACAGCAACAUGGCCGCCUAAGCCGCGCCAGCGACCACGGAGAUUUGACAGAGGAAGACGAAGAAGAGCCUUUAGCUGCCAAGAUCAAGAAAAAAGUUAUUGAGUAUGGGAAGAGACUUAUUGAAAUAUUAUGCGUAUGGGACUGUUGCUGGCUGUGGCUUAAGAUUCAGCACAUUCUCGGUCUGAUCGUGUUCGAUCCGUUCGUUGAGCUCUUCAUCACGCUGUGCAUCGUCGUGAACACUCUCUUCAUGGCCAUGGACCAUCACGGCAUGAGACAAUCUUUUUCUGAUUUCCUUAAAAUGGGCAACUACUUCUUCACAGCAACGUUCACAAUCGAAGCCUUUACCAAGCUCAUGGCCAUGAGCCCCAAGUUCUACUUCCAAGAAGGCUGGAACAUCUUCGACUUCUUCAUCGUGGCUCUCUCUCUAAUUGAACUCGGUCUGGAGGGCGUCCAGGGCCUCUCUGUCUUGCGCUCCUUCAGAUUGCUCAGGGUGUUCAAGCUCGCUAAGUCCUGGCCCACGCUCAACUUGCUCAUCUCCAUCAUGGGCAAGACGGUGGGUGCCCUCGGCAACUUGACCUUCGUACUCUGCAUUAUCAUCUUCAUCUUCGCCGUGAUGGGCAUGCAACUCUUCGGCAAGAAUUAUACUGAAAAGGUCACAAAGUUCAAAUGGUCUCAAGACGGCCAGAUGCCGAGGUGGAAUUUCGUGGACUUCUUCCACUCGUUCAUGAUCGUGUUCCGCGUGCUGUGCGGGGAGUGGAUCGAGAGCAUGUGGGACUGUAUGUACGUGGGAGACUUCUCGUGCGUGCCUUUCUUCCUGGCCACGGUCGUCAUCGGCAACUUGGUCGUUCUGAACCUCUUCUUAGCCCUGCUGCUGAGCAGCUUCGGAGCCUCGAACCUCUCCGCUCCCACUGGUGACGGCGAACCUAAUAAAAUUGCUGAAGCUUUCGACAGAAUCGCCAGGUUCAAAGCCUGGGUCAAGCGAUCCAUCAUGAACUUCCUCAAAGGCAUAAGAGCGAAAAUUACCAAUCAAAUCAGAGAUCACACUCCAGACGAGUCAGUUGGUGAUGACGCGAGAGGCCUGACGCGAGACGCUGCCAACGUCGUGUCCAGCGCCGCUGCCAUGAACAACAGAAAGAUACCCAACAUGGCCGACGUCACCACCGUCGACAUACCCAUGGAUGGACUCGAUCUUGCGGACGGAAAGCUGAAGCAGACGCUGGCGACGAUCAACAACCGCUGCGGCCACAUCGGCAACUCGAUCAACAACCGCGACUUCCUCGAGAACGACUACACGAGCACGGCCAAGAUCAUGAGGCGGGAUGACGACGACAUGAGCGACGCUUCGCUCGGCUCGCACCGCAACAGAAAACUCAUGAGCGACUCGUGCAGCCAUAGAGGCUCCACCGAGUCCUUGGAGGACGAAGCCAAGAAAACCGCCAGCAAAGAUGAUCUAGAUGAUGAUUUUGACGCGAGUGGAGAAGAAGAGGAAGAGGAAUACGACGAGGAAGGCGAACCUCAAGAAGUACGGCCUGUCAUGGACACCGGCAGCGAAGAGGUUAUGGACUAUCCCUCGGACUGCUUCAAAGAAUCCUUCUACGUCAGAUUCCCGAUGUUUGCCGGCGACCCCGACUCGCCGUUCUGGCAAGGCUGGGCACACUUGCGCUACAAGACCUACCUGCUCAUCGAGAACAAGUACUUCGAGACGGCCGUCAUCACCAUGAUCCUGAUGUCGUCCCUUGCCCUCGCUGUAGAAGACGUCAACCUCGCCCACAAACCUGCCCUCAUCGACGUCCUCUAUUACAUGGACAGAAUUUUCACCGUGAUCUUCUUCAUCGAGAUGGCAAUCAAAUUCGUAGCGCUCGGAUUUGCGAAAUAUUUCACCAAUGCCUGGUGUUGGCUGGAUUUCCUUAUCGUCAUGGUGUCGCUCAUCAACCUGAUAGCAACGCUCGCCGGAGCCGGCAAGAUCCAGGCCUUCAAGACGAUGAGGACCUUGAGAGCCUUGCGCCCUCUGCGCGCCAUGUCCAGGAUGCAGGGCAUGAGAGUUGUAGUAAACGCGCUCAUCGGCGCCAUCCCGUCGAUCGUCAAUGUGCUGCUUGUGUGCCUCAUCUUCUGGCUCAUCUUCGCCAUCAUGGGAGUGCAGUUGUUCAACGGAAAAUACUUCAAGUGCAUGCAUCCGGAUGGGUAUCGGUGGUCGCAAGAAGACAUCCCCGACAUGAAGUCAUGCAAGGCGGGCAACUACUCCUGGGAGAACUCUGAGGUGCACUUCGACCACGUGCCCAUGGCCUACCUCGCACUCUUCCAGGUCGCCACAUGGAAGGGAUGGAUCCCCAUCAUGAACGACGCCAUCGACACCAACGGGCUGAACAACCAGCCGAUCAGAGAAGUUAACCUGUACAUGUACUUCUACUUCGUCUUCUUCAUCAUCUUCGGCUCAUUCUUCACACUGAAUCUCUUCAUCGGCGUCAUCAUCGACAACUUCAACGAACAAAAGAAAAAGGCAGGAGGUUCUCUCGAAAUGUUCAUGACAGACGACCAGAAGAAAUACUACAAUGCCAUGAAGAAAAUGGGUGGCAAGAAGCCUCUCAAAGCCAUACCCAGACCGCAAUUCAAACCUCAAGCAGUGGUUUUUGAGAUCGUCACGAGCAAAAAGUUCGACAUGAUCAUCAUGUUGUUCAUCGGAGUGAACAUGCUCACCAUGACGCUAGAUCACUACCAGAUGAGCCCAACUUGGACCAGCAUCUUGGACUCACUCAACUUGAUCUUCAUAUGCAUCUUCUCUUCUGAGUGUUUCUUGAAGGUUUUCGCUCUCCGGUGGCACUACUUCAAGGAGCCUUGGAACCUCUUCGACUUCGUUGUGGUCAUAAUGUCCAUCUUAGGCCUGGUGCUGAGCGACCUCAUCGAGAAGUACUUCGUGUCGCCCACGUUACUCCGAGUGGUGCGUGUGGCCAAGGUUGGUCGAGUUCUUCGUCUGGUCAAAGGAGCCAAAGGUAUUAGAACACUACUCUUCGCCUUAGCCAUGUCCCUGCCCGCGCUAUUUAAUAUUUGCCUCUUGCUCUUCCUUGUCAUGUUCAUCUUCGCGAUUUUUGGAAUGUCCUUCUUCAUGAACGUCAAGCACACCGGGGCCUUGGAUUCCGUCUACAGCUUCGAAACCUUCUUCCAGUCGUUCAUCUUACUUUUCCAAAUGAUGACCUCUGCUGGCUGGGACGGUGUUUUAUCCGGAUUGAUGAACGAAAAAGAAUGUGAUCCACCAGUUCCAGAAUUGGGCCUAUCCGGCAACUGUGGCAACCAGACUUUUGGGAUUGCGUUUAUUCUUUCAUACUUGGUGAUCAGCUUUCUAAUUGUCAUCAACAUGUACAUCGCUGUUAUCCUCGAGAAUUAUUCCCAAGCCACAGAAGACGUGGAAGAAGGGCUCACCGGUGACGACUACGACAUGUACUAUGAAAUUUGGCAACAAUUCGAUCCCAAAGGCACACAAUUUGUUCAGUUUUCCCAAUUAAGUGACUUCCUGGAUGUUUUGGAGCCUCCGUUGCAAAUUCAUAAGCCCAACAAGUACAAAAUUGUUUCCAUGGACAUUCCUAUUUGUAAAGGUGACAUGGUGUUCUGUGUUGAUAUACUUGAUGCACUGACCAAAGACUUUUUUGCGAGAAAAGGUAGCCCCGUUGAAGAGAGUGUUGACAUGGGCGAAGUUGCCCCUGCCGUUGACAGGCCAGGCUACGAGCCCGUAUCUUCUACGUUGUGGCGGCAGCGCGAAGAGUAUUGCGCUAGGCUAAUCCAGCAAGCUUGGCGCAGGCAUCGUCAAAAUAAGGACCAAUCCUCAUUGUCUGGUGGGGGUUCUCACGAAGAACUCAAGCAAGCGGACACUGCAGUACUCGUUGAAAGUGACGGUCAUGUUACAAAAAACGGCCAUAAAGUUGUUAUCCACUCGCGCUCACCGUCUCUAACAUCCCGAUCCACUGAUGUGUGAGGAGAGAGUGAGUAACAAGAGUAUUGAAUCACCAUGUUUUGUGGUCUGUCCUGCAAUGAAGGGCAGUCAAUUUUUUGGCUCAAAUUGCACCCGUCGAUUGAAAUGGAUUGUGCUCUUGGAGCGGAACACUUGAUUUCCUGGCCGUUGCAGGCAAAGGCUCUCAUUUUUGCACUUGGAGAGCCUAGCUCAGAGCUUUGCUCUAAGAGAUCCUUUGAAAUAAAGACCACCAGACCUGGUAACAUAGUUUUCUUGUUGAGCGCAUAUCUUAUAGAAACAAUGCCACAUCUGAAGUAUUAUGAAAACCAAUUUCUAGUUACAUAAUAUAUUACAUCCACAAAGAAUGUGUGAUACACCAUUGCCUUCAUUCCGAAUGGAAAGCGUGCAUAAUGCCGUGGAGCGAAGUUGAGGAGUUACAUGUAGAAUGUUAUGGUAGUGGUGACCACACAAAGUGUGUUGACUGCCUGUGUCUUGGUCGUUGUCCUCUAGUUAUGUUGGUAUCCCAUUUUGUUUCGUAAAAUUUGAGAGCAUGUUGAGUUUUGUUGCUCGUGGUGUGCCCCGCUGGCUACUUUGUAGCUUAUUUUUAGGAUGUUAGUUAAACUUCAUUUUAUUUUUGUGCCGUUCGAUUUUUUUUCUCAUGUUCCAAAAUACUAUCUCUUUCACCAAUUUCCUUUUUUUCAGUAAUUUUUACAACCACGUUUGCUUUUUUGUUGGAAUCUUUGUUUCGUCCAGGCCUCUCUUCCGUCCUAUCUUCCUUCCGUCCUCAUUUUAGUUUUUGCAUCUUAAGUUGCUAGUUAGCUGAGCCUAGCGCUCGUCGACCUAAUGAAGUGCUUGUUAUGCUGCUGUCGGUGCUCGGGCGCCGCCUCCCUGCCUAUAGUUGUUACAUUUAUUUAAAAACUGGCUUGCCUGGUUUUUGAUGGCCUUAACUAUCUAGAAUAAUUGACAUGGAUCAUUUAAAGCACAAUAUUGUAUGUCAACACGCUAUUAUUUAUAUGAGAAUUAUAAUAACCGUUGAAAGUAAGUGAUGAAUCAUUACCGUAAGGUUAUGCUGUGCAUAAUUCUGUACCACUGAAAGAUGUAACUCUUCAUGGCUCUAAGAAAAAAUUCUGAAUAAUAAUACGCUUUUGCAUGGAAUCUAGCACAGGUUAAAAUGUAGGUGAGUGCAGCCUGUAUAUGAGAGCUGAGGCUGAGCCUUGCAUCGAAGGGAAGAGAGGCGCAUGCCUCUUUAAUCUUAAGGUUGUCUUCUUCCCAGUUAGCAACCUUAGCAUUACUCGGCAUGCUCCCAGGCUUCUCAAUCCUCUUCCUCAAGUGAUUGGGUUGUCUGAACUGACGUUUUCUUCCCUGAGUAAUGUUACCCUUCCCUGAGAUGCGACACUCCCCUCUCUCUAUGCUCGUGGUUUUAUUCUUCAAUGUUGCCUCUUCUGCUACGCAACACCACUGCUGUGUCUUUCAUUAUCUUUUGGCUUCAUUUACUCUAAACUGAACAAGGUUACUCUAAAACUUUAGCCAAAUCGAUUAUCUGCGUGAGUCGAAAGGCAGAUUUUCUUCUAGCCAUAGAGUUUGCUGAUAUUUGCUUCUUAACAUUCGACCACCUUUCACUAUCAAAUUUAAUGAAAUUGCCAGAUCUUCGUAUAUUUCGGUAAAAUGUAGCGGCAUCAGACUUUUAUGACGAACAUCGAAUGCUAUAGUCAGACUGUUACCAGAUUUAUGAAGUGAGGGUAUUUUUUCUCGGCUAAUUUUGAUCAGUCUAAAGAUGCACUACCCACUUGUAAGCUUACUUUAUGAAAUCAUCCAUUCAAAGUCAUGCCUCAAAAUGUUUGGAUCACAGAAUCUUGUGCUAAUCAGAUUGAUGUUUCAAUAAUGCAAAAUCUACUGGCUUGAAUUUCACAACUGUGACUGAUGAACGAAAUCUUAUCAUAGAUAUUAAGUGAUCCUUUCCUUUGACAUCCUUUACAUCAUGCAUCAAUUUGUGUCUUAUCGGGCUGUCAGUCCCAAGAACUUGAUCAAAUAUUUCAUAAUCUUAUCUGAACCAUUAUCGUUUUGACAUUUAUAGUCAAUAAACCCUUUCCCAGCGCCGCGGGCGGCUGGUAAUUUGAGACUUUAAAUGAAAUCAUUGGUAUAACUGUUUGGCCAGUCGGGUUCCUCAAUCAUCUUUACGCCCUCCUACUACUUCUUUUCUUUCUCAUUCUUUCCUCUUCUUGUACAAAUUUUACAGGUGAUUUAGGUCAAGUUUUUCCAAAAUGUCACUGUUUGUUUUCUUAUCUUCGUCCUCCCUUCAGACUCGUCUGGAGAAAUAUUCGUGUUAUAAAUUUCAGUGGUCAAUGCAGACCCUCGCUGCAUCAAUCCAUGCGAAUUUCCUCAUUGUAAUCUCACUUCCAGACAGAUUUCAUCCGUUUACAAAUGCCUUUCACGUAAGAUUUUACUUCAAUAGUCAAACUGGCAUCGCUACAUUCGUAUCUUUCAAUCGCAUUGCUCGCACUUGGUUUAAAUGUUUUGAAUUUCUCAGUUUGUACUAUAAUAUCUGUAAAUAUUGCGUCAUCGAAUAAAUUUUUGAUAAUUUACCACGAACCAAACUAGCUUGUUUGAUUUUCCUCAAAGCCAGAAGAAAGAUGAUCUAGCGAGGUGUAGAGCAGGACCAAGCUUCCAAGCUCCUGGUGUCAUGGGAGUUGCGGUCGCCGCUUCACGUUUCCAACCCAAGUGACACUCUCAACUUCACUUCCUAUCCACUUCAUCUUUGCUUUAUAUUCACUACCUGAAUUUAUCUUAUUGUCACUUAUUCCUUCAUUCCUAUUCUUUACUUUUUUCCGGUUUGUUUUUGAUUGAAGCGUUGCUUGUUCUUCGUGAUUUGCUUUAAGGUAUUACUUUUCCGGUAAUACUUAUUCGUUGCUGAGUAACUGUAACGCAAAAAUAUUUCUUCUACUCGUAAAUUGUUAUACAUAGAGAAUUUUCUUAAAUUUUAUGAUCGACUAUGUUCCAAUACUUCAGAUUAGAAAUACGUCUUUUAAGAUGGGUUAACUUACCUAGAUAAACUCCAUAUCCAGGGAGGUAAUACGAGUUUUUCAUUGCGUUUUACAUAGGUAAGCUUUCCAUGUGAUUACCUUGCACGUAUGGUGGCAUGAGAUGUCAUUCUCAAAUAAUUCUCAAUUUAUUUCACAGUCCCUCCUAUUUACAAGAAAUGAAGUUCAGUAUGAGUAAUUAUUAUGCUAUUAUAAACCAAUUGCAAUGUCUUGAAAUGCAGGACUACCUUAGCUGAGUGUCACUAUUAGCUUGUACAUAUUCCUAGUGAAUAUUGUUAUACAAUGAAUCUAUUUUCAUAAUACUAUAUUUGUAAAUGAGUUUGAUGAGUGUGUCUAUCCUAUGCCAUUAGUUCUCUUGCACAUUUUAAUACGGCACUCGCUAAGUUCGAGAAGAUAGUGACGCAGGGUUCCUUUAGAUCGCAACUUAGUUCCAGUAUUGUAGUAGAUUUUAUGUGCUUGUUGUGUGCAUGAAUAGUCCUGAGCUGAGCUUGAGCUGUGCGCAUGCUAUCAUUGAACACGAUGCUUAUACAUGAACUGUGCGCAUGCCAUCAUUGAACACAAUACUUUUCAAGAUAGGACGCACUUGAUCUCUAAGCAGUAUUUAGGAAUAAUAUCCAAUUCACCUUUCGAGUAAAGGACACCAUUUAUGAGAAAUGGAUCGAGUGCGUCCUAUUAGAGAUUUUUGUAACGUAUGUUUUCAUCCUGCACAACUACACACACGCUCUCCGAGCUGUUGAUGUUAGUGCGCUUCUUAGUGUCACAUAUUCGCUCAAGUAGACACAAGUCAAACCGUUGUCAAGGUCGUUUCGUGUUGCUGAUCUGUCAUUUUCACGGGACUGCAAUGUCUAUCUUGCCUGAGGACUUCACUGAUACCAGGAGCUAGGAAAGCUUCUCCUUAUCGCAAUGAUGCGUGCACCCCGCUGGCUGGACUAGCCCCCGCUGUCCCCUCCACAAGGAGCGGAGGGCGGGGCGUGGUACAAAAUUAACAGAAAUAACAAAGACCAUUACUGAAAUAAGAGAAGAAAAAUCCAACUCGGGUGUCUGAAAUAAAUGCAAGGAGCAAUUCCUCAAUACAGUGCAUGUAACAUCAAAUGGUUUGGCUGAUUCAACGGCGACCAUGAUUAGUCUGAAAGCUUGAAAAGUCUAAGAUAUUUUAUUUAGGAGUGUAUUCAUCUCACCAGAGUUAUCAUUAGCUCCUCUAUAGCGAACGAAGGUGAAGACUUUAAGGAGCAGCAUCCACCGACCUGUCCGCGCCUCGACACAACUUCAAGAUGGCGACGUGUUCGGUAUUCCAUUUCUGGCAGUUUUGCUGAAUAGAAUUUGUUGUAGUUUCAUUAUAAUUGGUAAAGCAAGCUGUGGCUGCUGCUCUUGUGAUAUGUGCUUUUCUAUUAGAGUCAAGCUGCUAGUCAAUUCUUUACAUCUUUUGCUGCGGUAUUCGAAGUUUAUUUUGGCUACGGCGAGUUUCCAACUGAAGAAUUUUUUCAAACUAUGAAGACUUCUGGCUUAAUUCGAAGUGAAUGUUAAAAUGAUGCAUAGAUUUGCAAUAUUCUGUGCUUAUAGGUGCCAUAAUAUAAUUUUUUGUUGGGUGAAGAGACCAAUUUAAAAUAGCCGCUCAGAAUCUGACUUUUGUGAAAGAUAUGUUUAUCAGAAAGGCUCGUAUGAAUAAGCUUUUUAUUGAUGGAUGGCUACUGCGAUGUAUAACUAUAUAAAUAACUUUACAGACACGACGACACUUCAUUAACUUCAGACCUUGACACUUCAGUCAAGGUCUUAUAUGCCUAGCUUAAGAUACUAUUGGCAUAUUUUUAUAUUACGCUUCGUAAAGCUUUGUCAUUGUGUCGUCCUGAGGACUUUAAUUGUGUUGCCAGUUGGUUUGCCUGUGACGUCAUAUGCUUGUUCUCAUAUUGAUGCCGUCCCGUCUUGCCUCCUGUACGAGACUGGCGCUUACCUUUACUCUCAAGCCAGAAAUUUUCUAAGUGUAUGCGUGAGCUUUUUAUAUGAUGUUGCAGUUAAUCUACAUGCCCAGCUACGUGCUUUCCACUUGUGAUAACGUCCCCUUUUCUCUGACGAACCAAUUGCUCCGUCGUUAUUGAACAUAAUUUGCCGCUGUGUGGACAGAGGCUGUCGUGUCCCUACGCUCCCUCUCGCUUUUCCCGCGCAGGCUCAAUCGGCGCCGCAUUCCUUCCAUGCAUGCGCGGUGUCGCAGCGUAUAUCUAGCCUGAAUUUCGUCCUCAGUUCAACCUCGGUUACGCGCUGUCGGCUUAGCUUUAGCCUGAAUUUCGUCCUCAGUUCCGCUCCGGUUACGCGCUUGAUCGUUAAGUAGCAUUAGCGAUAUCGUCCUCAGUCCCUCCUCGGUUACGCGCUUUAUCGUUAAGUAGCGUAAGCCUAAAUUUCGUCCUCAUUUCCGCCUCAGCUGCUCGCUGCAUCGUUGGGUAGCUUUAGCCUGAAUAUCGUACUCAGUUCCACCCUGGUUAAGCAGCCUCAACCAUCCGCCCUUACCCACACCCUCCUGCUUCAAACUGCACUCCCUCCAGCACUUCGAGGCCUAAAGGAACAUUUGGUUACCUAUACGCCCGUUUAACGCCUUAGAACCUUGCAAGAUCGUUCGCUCUUUCAAAUUAUUUUAUUGUUAAGAAUGAGUAUGAAAAUUCAAUUUAAUAAUCUAAUGACUAUGCGAUGUUUGUACACAUAUCUUUUAAUAUUAUACUCAAUUUUUACUGUUGGAUUAUAGCUUUAUUGAGCGAGUGUGAAGUGAAGUCUUCUGUAGCUUUUUCGGUCCCACACUAAUGUAUUCAAGCUUUAAAAAGAAAGACCUACCUAAUUUAAGAACCGCCUCCCCUGUAACUCUUAUAAGCUGUUCAUUUGAUUAAUAACUUGAGAUUCUUUACGAAUAUAAUAAGAAAGAUUUAUGUUGCACGUAAUGAGUACGGGCCCAACGCGUUGCAGCGUCCAUAGUAAGAGUCCAUUACUUUUGUAUAAUAUUAGCAACAUGAAAAGGACCAAGUAACUCGCCUGCUAUGUUCGCGCAUGUCGCCUGCCUCUCAGCUGCUACAAGCCUAUGUGCUCUUGUUUACGCCGUGUGUCUCUCUAUAGCUGCGUUGUUCUCUAACCUCACGGCAUCCACUCAAUAAAUUAGAUUAGCUUGCAGUUUCGAGCUACGGUUAAAUAGCUUUUAGGCUCUUGUUGACGAUUGUGACGACAUAGAAGUUAAUAUGAGAGCGAGUCUUUACGUCUCCCUCUUCGAUAUGAAUUUUAAGAGUGGAUAAUUACACGGCACUAUUGCUGGCAUAAUGGCGCUCCCGACAUUUUUAUUCAGCACAAUUUGUUCACUUUUUGCAUUAAUAAUAAUGCUAUACUAUACCUAGACAUUACGGUUAUUACAAUUAUUUUUAUUGCUAUAAAUGCAUCGUAAUCGUAAGAAGCGGAGACUAUGCGGAACUACGUAGCAAGCCUCUAAAUAAAGCUCGUGGUGAUGGUCUGAUUAUGCAAGGGAUUUUUUUAGAACUCAUUUUACGAUUUAACCAGCGAGCUCGUCGCCCAGUUUACUGUAGGGUCCUGAACAUAUCCGCAAUACACUUUUACUAUUGCGAAAUUGUUUCCCUCUCUGACAAAGUUUCUAAACAAUUCAAAAUCUUUGGGUCACUGAAUAAAAUAGUUAUCCAACAGUCAUGUGGAAACACGACCACCAUAAUCUCAACUAGAAAACUCCAGCAGCAUCUGUACCUAAGAAAGAAACAUGAUCCAGGGACCAGGUAUUGGCACCUCCGAAAUAAUAUCGGUACAUUGUAGUCUGAUGUCAUUAUCGAUAUGCAAAAUUUAGAACCGUACCCCUUCAACUGAGCAGCGUUAUAUAUGUCAGAGGCGAUCGUUGGUGAAUACACGCAAUGUGAUAUUCAGUAGCUAGUUUGAUACGCGUGGCCCGUCUCCCGAACAGCUUCAUUAUUUCACUAACAAAGGGGGCGUCUUUUGCUAAUAAACUCUAUAAUAAA